AUGGUGACCACGAGGGCCGCUGCACGGGCCCAGACGCCCCUAGGCAAAGCACCUCCCAGUGAUCUCUCACACUCUGAACCCUCUGUUUCAACGCAGAAUGGUAAAAAGACAUGGGCGGAGACUGCUGGGGCGGGCGAGCAUAUAGGAGCGUGGGGAAUAGGAGGCACAGCUGGACACGUGUUGGCAUACCUGGGAACGCUGGCGCUCAUGAUCGGAUGCCCAGCUUUUGCGAUAUACAUGUGGUUCACUCUUACACACCUGGACGGAUCCCUGGUGGAACUGGUGCAGUUUGCCCAGAAGGCUGGCUUCCAGGGAGUACGCGCCUCAUGGCCCUGGCCAUCUCAGGAGGCCUGGGCAAUCAUUGCUAGUUUUGGGGGACUCCAGGCGUUCCUUCAGCUGGCCCUUCCUGGUGCAGUCCACAAGGGGCCAGUGUCACCCAAGGGCAACGUCCCUGUCUACAAGGCGAAUGGUGUGUUGGCAUACUUCACCACGCUCGCGCUCUUUGUCCUGGGGUGGCAGUUCAAGCUUUUCAGUCCUGCCAGGGUGUACGACCUCUUUGGCGAGAUCCUGUCGGGGCUGAAUAUGUUCAGCCUGCUCUUCUGCCUGUUCCUGUACUUCAAGGGCAAGUAUGCGCCCAGCAGCAGCGACUCGGGCAGCACGGGCAGCCUGAUGUAUGACUACUACUGGGGCAUGGAGCUUUAUCCGCGCAUCGGCCGCCACUUUGACCUCAAGACCUGGACCAACUGCCGCAUGGGCAUGAUGGGCUGGGGCGUGCUUGUGCUGUGCUACGCAGUCAAACAGCACGAGCUCUAUGGCUACCUCUCCAACUCCAUGGCCGUCUCCAUCCUGCUCAUGCACCUCUAUAUCUUCAAGUUCUUCCUGUGGGAGACUGGCUACUGGGGCACAAUGGACAUUGCGCACGACAGGGCAGGCUACUACCUGUGCUGGGGCUGCCUAAAUUGGGUGCCAGCCAUCUACACCUCACCCGCCCUCUACCUGGUGGAGAACCCCAUUCAGUGGAGCCUGCCUGCUGCCACAGCCAUUGCCGUGGCUGGCACCCUAGCCAUCUACAUCAACUAUGACUCUGACAGACAACGGCAGGUUUUCAGGGCGACCAACGGGAAGGCGCUGGUGUGGGGCAAGCCUCCUCAGAUCAUUUCUGCCAAGUACAUCACAGGCGACGGCAAGCAGAAGACCUCCCUGCUGCUGGCAUCAGGAUGGUGGGGCCUGGCGAGACACUUCCACUAUCUUCCAGAGAUCUUGGCAGCAUUCUUCUGGACGCUGCCAGCUGGGAUCUCCCAUGCGCUGCCCUACUUCUAUGUCUUCUUUCUGACGCUGCUGCUCACAGACAGGGCCUUCAGGGAUGAUGUCCGGUGCUCCUCCAAGUAUGGCGCCUACUGGCAGCAGUACACCAAGGCUGUCCCCUACAAGAUGAUCCCCUACAUCUUCUGA